AUGGAAGAAGUAUCAGUGAUCGGUGCAAUGUCAAUCAGCGGCAAAACGACGCAGGAUUUAGCGAUGGAAGGUCAUAGAUACUUAGAAGAAACCAUACAAUAUGCUUACAAGAUACUUUCUUCCAUGAAUGAUGAACUUUGUAACCCAGCUGUGUGGUCCGCUCCUUCUUCCGCGGUUACCUCUCACAAUGCCCCUUCCUCAAAUGGCGAUGCCGCUUCUGAUAGCUCCGGUCAACACGCUGACGGAGCGGCUUCCGGUGGCGGUACUGGUGGUGCUCUUGAUGAAGCUCGAUUUCGGUAUAAGAAGGCUGUUGCCGGAUUACGUAGUGUUCUUGCUGCAAUCCCUGCCUCUCAGAAGACAAACACAUUUGGCGAUGGUUCAGCUGCUAGCCCUGAAAAUGAAGCUGAAAUUGAGAAGUUGGAAGAGCAAGCCUCUUAUUUAAGAAAGGAACUUGGCAACAAGAACUUGCACCUGAAGAUACUCAUAGAUCAACUACGAGAGCUUAUCACUGACAUAUCAACAUGGCAAAGUCCCUUUUCCACCUGA